CCCAGCUUUUCCCUUCUCUCUCCUUUUAUUUCCCCUCCUCUUCCUGUUUCUCUCUUCCCUGUUCUCCUUCUACAUCUCUCUCUGUGUGAAGGGACAAUUACGAUUUAUGACCCUGGGUAGCGUGGCGGGAAUAUCCCAUGAUGAAUCAUGCCCCCAAUUUACCCUUUUACCCUCACCCAUCCAGUAACAUCCAUUAUAGAUUUUCAAAUUACGAUUCUCACACGCCUUCUUCUCUUACGGCUCAUUGACAUUGACUCAAAUCCAGACAAACAGCUCUCUCCUUGACACGCCUUCCGAGCUAAGCAAUUGAAUUCUUAUCGCCGACGCUGGAUUAAUUGUCACAUUGAAUUGCUCUUGUUUUGGCCUGACCUUGCAUUUAUGUGAUUCUGGGUCUCAUUGUUUCGGUAUAUGUGUCUUUUCCUCUAGUCCCUUUUAAUUCAUUGAUUACAAUUAAGCCUCCCUUCUUCCUUCUCCUUGGUUCAGUGUACCCACCCACACGCCUCUUACCUUUUGCCAUGUUUUGAUUUUGUUAUGACUUUCCUCGGUGAUUACUACGGCCUAUAUACUCCGUUUUCAUGGAAUUCCCUUCUCGUAGGUGCUUUUUUCCCCCGUCUUCUAUCCUUCUGUUUUAUUUACAGCUUUCUGUAAAUGUCUUGGUUAGCUGAUUGGAUGUGUUGUUUUCCCCUCUCUUUUUUUUGCCUUGCCUCCUCCUCUUUUUUAACUUCUGGGAACUAAAGCUGACAUUAUUGGCGGGUUUGAACGAAUUUUGGGUCUCAAUAGCAUAAAGCGCGGUCUUGAUGGGGAAAGGUGACGAUGGGCGAUGCAUCUUUCCUCUUAGGAGUUUGCAAAUUGGAGACUUGCAGUCAUACCUCUCAGACCUUAGUCUUUUCCUUGCCAAUGAUAGUAAAAAAUUAUAUAUUUUGGUUGACAACCGACCAUGGUUGAGAGACUUGGGUCCUCGGAGCGCUCACUUGUGGCAGCUGAUGGUUACCAAGUCAAGGUUGUCUCCUUUUGCAAACACAAAAGCUCGAAGACAGAGAAACCAGGGAGAGGAUGUUUGUUCUGGACCAAGCACAAGUAAACCAAAGAGCUUUCUAAGAUGGUUCUCACUGAUUGAUGUGGUGAUGUCAUCAAGAAAGAGAGUUUUGCUGCCCGUUAAAAAACUAAGAAAUUCUUUGCAGUGGAGCAGUGAAUUACAUAGGACCUUGCAUGGCUUUAUUGUAUUUGAAGUUGAAUGGGCCUGUGUCCGUGGUAUGAGUUACUUGAAUGAGCUUCAGACUGACACCUCAUUGGCUAUAGAAACUAAAUAUAUGAAAAGAUGGGAAUUUGACAGCAUUGCUCAAGCCGCAAGCUGUAUGUCUUCAUGGUUUUCAGGAACACGGUCUGAACAGCUGCUUUUGAAAGAGUAUUUGGAUUCUGCCACAGGGGAACUCUUUUAUGAUGCUAGUGAAGAUCUUUCUGGGAGUAUACCUAUUGACAGUGAGGAUAAAAUGUGCAAUGGUAUGCUGAAUGUGAAGGAUGGUUCUGUUGACAGUCGGGGUAGCCAGUUUGGUGUAUAUUGUGAGAAUCAGGAACAGAUGGAAGACAUGCUGCACACGCCUCCACCAUCUGGACCUUACAAAAGGAGAAAAGUAAUGAAGUCCCUUGGUACUGGAGCUGGAGUUCAUAGCUACUCCAAGGAAAUGCCUGGGGGAAUUGAUGACGAUAGAAUAUAUAGUGGGACCUCAUGCGGUGUUUCUGAGAUUGUAGUGGAAAACACUCAGUAUAAGGAUGUUCUAAUACUGUUUAGGUUUGAUGACCAUGACCUUCCAUUUAAAUUAAGGGAAGUUAUAGUACCUGAUCUGCGGUUGCUUACAUUGUUAGAGGCUGGCCUUCCAUCUUGGGUCAUCUUCUUACAAUCUUACCCAGGAUUCUGUAAUCUAUAUCGGCCAUGGAUGUGCCCACUGGCAAGAAUUUUAUAUGCACUUAUCUCGGUUGUCACUGUCAUAAUAGGAUUUUAUGAUUUAUAUAAAAAUGUCCCUGUUCUUAAGGCAACUGCAUCUCGUAUAUGUGGGCCGCUUUUUGAUUGGAUAGAAACUUGGGAGAUGGUUUCAAGGAUAAAGUACUUAGGAACAAUGUUGUUUCUGCAUAACAUUCAAAAGGCUGUUAAGUGGUGUCUUGCCUUCACACGUACCACAAGAUCCUUUUUCUCUGUUCUUAUUCAACCUCUUGCGGAACCAUUGGUGGAGUUCUUUGGAUUUCUUCUUCCAAGCUGGAAUUUGUUAUAUAAUUUAGCAGAAAACAUGGGUUCUGUUGUUUGGAUUGGAAUUGAGACUUCCUACAAUUUUGUUGAGGAUCUACUGGAGCUUUUACUUUGGCCAUUGUGGUCUAUCAUCACUCUUUUUUGGAGCAUUGCCACUUCCAUCGUAUAUCCUAUCUUUUGGACUCUUUGGGAAAUCAUAUAUGCUCCAGUUCGGCUUGUCCUUGCAAUCUUGAGUUUUGUGGCUUUCAUAUGUACAACCAUAUAUAAUAUUCUUGGAGAGACAUGGCAGUUUGUUUCUGGCUUUUUUGUGGUGGCAUCAUCAUCUGAGGCAACACUUAGCACCUACAAAGUUUCCAUGUGGCGCUCUCUUUGGAAUGACCUUUUUUCUCAGAUUUUCCGUGCUGUCAGGAGUAUACUGAAUGGAUUUGUUGCCUUCUUCAUGGCCUGCAACAGGCAUCGACUAAGCAUUUAUAAUCACCUACAGGAGUUUAUCCGAAGACUAUAUUGUCAGAGACAGAGAUCACAACAGGCAGAUUUAAGAGAAGGUAGAGGAAAAGAGAAACUGCAUACUGGAUGAGGCCCAACGGAUUAGAGAUUUUUACUGUUUAUUGCAUUGCAACAUAACUAUGACAAACUUGACAUUGAACGGAGAACAGACAGAGCUCUGUGGUUUGUAAGAUUGCUGAUGCUGCAAACACAAUACCAAUUGCCUAUAGGAUUCUUUAGAUUCGUUUCUGCUUUGAACAAAUUUUGCUUGAAUGUUUACUAUAGGAUUAAGGCCUGUUGUUGUUUCCCUUUCUGAGCUAGCUUUAAUUUGUAAGUUAACCUCUGUUCGUUGACUUUUUUAUGGUCGAAGUUAUCAGAUGUAUAUAUUUAUGUAUAGCCAACCUGUACAUUCUCUUCAGUUGGCCGAAAAAAGAAAUGUAAAUACUCUUGAAGUUGUCUAUAGUCAUUGAUUUCUUCGAAUGUA